AUGAAUCUGCCUACUAGAUUAUCGAAGAUUACCAUCAACGGCGAAGAGUAUUGGCCCACCCCUCACGAGGUCAAUCCCGAGGUUCCAGAAGAUCAGGUCUGGUCGCAAUGGCCGCCAAACGAGCUCUACAUGAGCGAUCCAGACUGGUACGAUUCGAUGGGUCAAGAUUUAAUCGUGCAGAGGAGAAUUUGGGCCAUACAGAGCGAGUCGGGCCAAGUAGACGCAUUUCAGAAACUCUUGGCUGAAGCGCCAGAUCAUUCACUGGACAUGAUGUGGGCGGCGGCUCUCAAGGGAAAGGCGCACAUCAUCAGAUUUCUUCUCAGCCAAGGGAUUAAGCCGACUGCUGUCAAGGCUGAUGGCGAUGAUCUAUCACUCGUACCGCUACAUGUGUCUGCAGCGCAGGGCCACCUGGACUGCGUCAAAGUCUUUGUUGAAGAAGCCCAAUUACCGCCUGACACCCCCGACGACUUGGGCGGUACGCCUCUCAUGCGUGCUUGCUUCAAGAAGCAGCCAGAAGUUGUCCGAUACCUUCUUGGUCAGGGCGCAGACUUGACUAUUAGACAAACGUCUUGUGAGGAGCGCAACCCAGGCACGAACGCAUUCGAGUUUGCGGCGGGUAGUGGCUGCAUUGCUUGCGCCAAAGCCCUCUUGUUCAAAGCGCAGGAGUUGGAGAUUGAUUCCUCCAGUUUGGCAACACCCCUGGCACUCGAAGCGGCUGCUCAAAGCGAGGAGAUUGACAUGCUUGAUCUAGUUCUUGAACUUGGCAAGUAUCCUCGGUUGGACCGCAACAAAUUUGACGAAGCGACCAUGGUUGCUCUGACGGAUUUGAGAAAGGAUGCCAUUGAAGCUGCUUUUUGUCGAGCCCUGAGUGUAGGACGGUGGGAAUCUUUGAAAACCCUUCUUCCAUACAUCGAGAGCCGAAAUCCCGAAAAUGGAGACUACAACUGGCGUACGCUCAAGGAUCAAACUCUACAUGCCUUGAUGAAUGGCAUUCUAACAUCUGUUGAAAACGACAGCGAGGGGAAUCAAGCACUGUUUGUAUUUCUGGGUGAUGUCUUUUUGCACCCAAGCUCUCGACUUCUAUCACCAACACUCCGAGAACAACGCGAUGAAAUCCUCGGUGAUGUGUUCUUCUGGGCCUGUCGGUUUGGCUCACUCGCUAUGUUGCGAUUACUUUCCGCGAAAUAUGGAAAGGUCGACGUGAACCACUUGUCGCAUCGCGUAGCCCCAAUUAUGUCGUCCGGCCUCUAUAUCGCUGCCGGAGGAGGCCACGAUGAGGUGGUGGACUACUUGUUCCUUGAACAUGGCGGAAUACCUAACAUUCACCUAGGAAACGGAAAGUUUGUGAAUGGAACUACACCGCUAUGGAUAGCCAUCUGGUAUGGUUACAAUAGGACAACAAGGAGACUGCUUAGUCUCGCUGGGCCGAUAUCCGAGCUGGACGACAUGAUUAUGGAAGCCAAGCAAACCCCUUCCGCCAUCGUGAUAACGGCAACGGCAACCUAUAGAGCUCCUGUGAAGAUAUACUCGAGGGCGAAGUGGGCCGAGCUCUACGGGGAGAUAGAUGAAAGUAAGGAAAGUAAUGGCAAGUUGCAGGAUUUGGAGGGUAACCAAAUGGCAUAUUUGGUCAUGACGAUUGAGGGGGAUGACAUCGAGUGGUGGAGAAAACUUGAAUUCCGCAAAUCAGAUGAGGAGCUGACGGCCAUGGAGACGAAUGGACGAGAGUGCAAACCAGCGUCCUGA